CACUAAUCAUCUUUGGUCAUCUCUCCCGCUUCUCCAGAUCAGAUCCAAUACAUACAUACACGUACAUCAACACCACCAUCAGCCUUGUCCCUGUACCCGCCUCACUUUUUCAUUCACUCGUUUGUCCCUCUCUCUCAUGACUACCUAAUUACCCCCCUCUCUUAGUCCCCAGGGCCGUCGCACCAUGGUCCGCGCCCUCAAUCUCCGCCUCGCCCUUCAGGCAACAGCUAUCAAGGUCUCGGCAAACCUGGUCACCCAGCUCAUCAUUCACUACAGGACACCAGGCGUAUCGACUUUUGAUGCCCAGCAGGUACUGGAGUUUGCUAUCUAUGGAUUCAUAGGCUCUCAGGUUGGCAACAUCAUCCAAUUCAUCCUGGAGGACUGCUUCCCCACUGGCCACGCAAUCAGGGCGAACGAGAUCCUGCCGCAGGUUCAAGCGGAUGUGAAGCAGGUUGAGGAGAAGAAGGACGAUGAUACGAGGGGAACGACGAGGAGAUGGUUCAAUAUCAGCCCGGAUCUCAUUUGGCGCAACGUUUUGGCGAAGCUGAUUCUUGAUCAAACAAUUGGUCUUGCCAUCAGCGGGUCCGUCUUUCUUAUCUGCACAAACAUCGCACGUGUUUCUCACCCCUUCCUCGUUCUGGAAGUCAUCCGUAAUCGACUUUGGCCACUCAUCAAAGCUGGCUGGCAUAUCUGGCCAUUAGUUGCCAUCUGCAAUUUCCUAUGGGUUCCCGUGCGCUCUCGGGUUUUGGUGGCAGUUUGUGUUGGGUUCGGCUGGAGUAUCUUUUUGAGCGUCUUUGCCAUGCGGAAAGGGAAUUGAUGGGGGUUAAGACUGGGUAUUUUUGGUCUUGUCUUUGUGCGUUGUUGCAUGGGUGUUAAGAGGAAUUCCCCUGCGGAGCCCUUUUCUUUGUAUCUUGGAGUUCGAGUUUUAAAGUUACAUGGGAUUGAAAUUUUGACCUAAAGUUUCUGUAUUAUGAGUCUCAAGACUCCUCCCCAAAGAAUAAGAACAUAGAAUUUCCAGGUUCUCAGGUCC